UGGAAGCGGCUGUGGCACGCUGAAAGAAAUCCCGUUUACGCUCUUUAUGUCGUCGGAAUGAAACGCUGCUUACUCGAUUGCAUUACAUCUAGUGUGCACUUGACCGCUGUCAGGGUGACAACUUUGCGCAGCCGGCGACACUCGAUAGCAGAUUCCCCAUCAUUUUGGUGCCUUUGAAUUUCCUAGGAGAACAGUCGGAAUGCGUACGAAACGAUAUGGCAAGUCGAGUAUACCUGCUUGGUUUUGCCGUCGAAUCGCGUUUUCUUCGGUCGCACUGAUUCGCCAUCGCCCAGCAAGCUACUGUCUGUAACUUGUGUCAGGCAAUGCAGAAGAUCUCUCGUUAGUCCAGCCACACGGUGCGAGCCACACUAUUUCCAGUAAUGCUUGUAUCGUGUCAUUUCCAGUAACCAAAGUCAGUUUGUUUUUGUUCGUCUCCGUCCGUUUCCUAGUGCCCCUUGGCACCGCUGCUGUAUUUACCGGAACACCGUGCGUUGCUUGGCUCCUGGAACCUGUUAGGACAUCGUCCAUUUCUAGGGGCGCAAACGUCGUGCUCUAGGUUGCUGGAGGCGAAUACUCGAUCGUCUGGGACAUGUUUGCCAGCGGACUCGCCUGCCGAGACUGGCGACUCUCCGUGGUUUUCUGUGUCGGUGGACUGCUCGCUCCUUACUUCUAUUUCGCAGGCCCGAUUCUGUCUUUCUUGCGCCCGUGACGGCGCACACCUCGUCGAGUGCGUGUAAGUCUUUUCCUUCUGCUUCUCGUCUAUCCGUUCUCCAGAGCGUUCGGUGCUUUCGUUUCUUGAUAAGUGCGGUCAAAAUGAGAAGUUCUGUGUUGUCUUCAGCACCCGAAACCCGCGGCUCCGUCAGCGGCGGCGAAGAAUGCGUUUCUGUUGCAAGAGGAAGCAUCACAGAGGGAGAAAACGGACAGGUUUCACCUGCCUCAGCUUCGGUGGACCCUUCCUCGCCAUCUGCGCGACAGAGGAACAUGUCGGAAUUAGACCGCGCGGCUCUCGGGGAGAGACCUCCAAAACUGAGUGUCCAGUCUCUGCCCAUCCGACAGUAUCUUGAUCUCAUGGUUGUGCCUGCGCUUCUGCCUGCUCUGACAGUUCUUGUGAACGAACGCCCGGAACAACCUAUUGAAUUUCUUGCGCACUGGCUACUUGAAAAUGGUCCCAAGUACGCAGCCAGGGAAAGCGUUAGCGGGCCCGGUGCCGAUUCGGCGGCUCUCUCCGCCCUCCUAGGCAGAGGCAUCUGACCUUUUCUUGCUCGAGAGUACACUCCCGGACCUCCGCAGAUCUACGUGAAGUGACGCGUUUUCGGCGACGCCAAAAUACGGGCAAUGUUCGCCUUCCGAGUCGGAAGUAACGCCGAGGACAUUCUGGUGGAAGCCCAGCUGCCCUAGGAAAAGGAACGAUGGUCGACACGUAAUUUCGCUCGCGACUCUGUCGUUUUCGCAACCCAGGGGAAACCACGCUUCACUGCCAGACUUGCUUGUGUCAAAGCUAGGCUGCGGCGACGGACGUUCGCACACCAGCUGUCACGCUCUGUCUUCAGCUUCCUAGGAAAUCCGGAUGUAAAAUCCUGGAAUGUGGGCGCGAGAACUUUGAGCAGUCGAGCGAGGGCGACGCAGAGUCUUUGAAUCACCCACCACAAUGUGGGUGCGUUUUAUCUUUCCGUCCGAUCCGUCUGUGGAAAAAGUUUCCAAAGGGGCGAGCGCGAGAAGGAAACACAGGGAUCGGCUGGGGGUCGGCAAUUAUUUCUUGGGGCAAAACUCCCUGAGACUUUCCUGUGGAAAAACGUGUGUUGCUGGGAAACUCAUCCGGUUACUCACUUUCACCUUCUUAACACCGGAAUCCUUCUCCCGUGUCAGUGUGGAACGUCCAUCCAAUUUGGUUUUUCAAAGAGGCGUGCUAAAAAUACUUUUCAAAGUUUAUACGGCGC